CGUGGGGCCAGCGCACCGGUGACGGACCUUGGCGGCUCGCCGAGCCUCCAUGAGUGCGACGCCCCUUGUGGGCUACAGCAGCAGUGACUCCGAGGAUGAGGCCGAGGAUGGGGUCGGGGUCCCGGCCAGACCCGGAGCCGAAAGCCGCCGUCGUGGCCAGACCGCCCCUCCUAGCCAGAGGCUGCCGGUGCCUGACAGUGUGCUGAGCAUGUUCCCCAGCACCGAGGAGGGGCCUGAGGACGACAGCACAAAGCAUGGCGGCCGGGUACGCACCUUCCCCCACGAGAGGGGCAACUGGGCCACCCAUGUCUACCUGCCCUACGCAGACGGGGAGGAGUUCUUGGACCUGCUUGACGUGCUGCUGCGGCGCGCCCAAGCCUGCGUCCCUCGACUGGUGCGGGUGGAUGAGUUCCACAUCAGCCUGUCCCACAGCGUGGUGCUGCGCCACCACUGGAUCCUCCCCUUCGUGCAAGCUCUGAAAGACCGUGUGGCCUCCCGCCACAGGUUUGUCUUUAUUGCUAACCGGGUAAAGAUUUAUACCAAUCAAGAGAAAACCAGGACCUUCGUUGGGCUUGAAGUCACCUCAGGGCACGCCCAGUUCCUGGGCCUUGUGGCAGAGGUGGACAGCGUCAUGGAAGAAUUUGACCUCACCACCUUCUACCAGGACCCGUCAUUCCACGUCAGCCUGGCCUGGUGUGUGGGCGAUGCGCGGCCCCAGCUGGAAGGGCAGUGCCUGCGGGAACUGCAGGCAAUCGUGGACGAGUUUGAAGACUCUGAGCUGCUUCUGCGGGUGCACGCCCAACAGGUCCGCUGCAAGUCGGGGAACAAGUUCUUCUCCUUGCCUUUGAAGUGAGCACUGCCAGGGAGAGGAAGCAGCGCUGACAUCCUUGCCUCCCCCCAGGAGGCCCCCUCACUCUGCCUGGCAGGAGGGCAGCCUCUUUGUGCACCUGUGUCAUGGUCAUUCUCCAAAACUUCCAGUAGAGGGCAGCCUGGGCUUCCUAGUGCCUGUUCUGUAGUGAUGCCACACAAAAAUGGGUCACCUGGUGAGCCCACCCAAACUCUGGACCAGGCUCUCUCUAACCUCGCGGCCUGCCAGCUGUUGGCAUUUUGAUGCAGUUGGUCUCCAACCAGCAGGGCUUCCUCCUUCGAGCCUGGCUAGUCCCUGCUCACGCCAUGCUGGGACCCAGGGUGCCACAGGGUCCUGUCCCUAGUCCCGUGUUCACGGUAGCACAUUGGUCCUGUCCUGUGGCGGCCGGUAGUGUGGUGCUUUUCUUCUCGCCCUCCUGCACCCUCCUGAGGCCAGUUCUGGGCAGACAGAGGCACAGGCCACUUAUGUUAGUCCAUAUCUGAGUCCCCCGUCCUCCCUCCCACGAGCCCCAGCCCGGCACCUGCCCUAGCAGGGAGACCAGAGCAGAUGCUUCAUCCCUCCUGGCUGGGGGCUGACAGCCAGGUCACCAGUGCCUGGACUGCCGGCUGCCCAGGCCGCCUCCUCCCCACUGCCUGUCUGCCACUGCGGGGUGGGUUUUUACAGUAAGCCCUCACAGGGCAGGCAGAGGACCACACCUGUCCAAUUGUCAUCUGGACUUCUGGUGACGAUGAAGAGGGGUGGGUUUUUUUUUCCUUUGGGGGGAUUAUAUAUAUGUGUGUAAAUUGUACUUUUUAACUGUGUUCAACAAAUAAAAUGUCCCGUGGUGGACUACCCCUGGA